AUGGGCAAAAGGCGGAUCGUAUUUACAGGAGGCAGCGGCAAAGUCGGGAAGCACGUCGUAAGACAGCUGCUCACCUACGGCUACGAGAUUCUCAACCUGGACAUCACUCGGCCCACAGAUUUGGGAAUUUACACCAUCAAAUGUGAUGUCACGGACAGCGGACAGGUCUUCAGCUGUUUGAACACAUAUAUGCGCUUCGGCGAGCCUUUCCCGGCCGAGCCGCCAAGAAUACCUGAUGCAGUGGUUCAUUUCGCAGGUAUCCCGACCCCGAUGAUCUAUUCCGACGGCGAGACAUUCAAAAACAAUAUCCUCGGGAUGCACAACAUCAUAGAGGCCGCAUGCAAGAUGGGCAUCAAGAAAAUCAUCAUCGCGAGCAGUGUCACCACUUACGGUGUUGCCUUUGGCCAAGGUAAUGUCGAGUACCCCUCAUUCCCGAUAACUGAAGACCUCGAUUCAAAUCCGUCGGACCCUUACGCAUUGUCAAAGAUCUGCGGUGAGAGGAUUGCGAGGAGUUUUGCUGCACGGUUUGGUGUCGACAUCUACUGUUUGAGGAUCGGACGGGUGUUUGAGCCGGAUGAGUACGACAGCGAUAUGUUCUAUGGAUACUUCCACGAACCGGAAAAGUGGGCCCCACAUGGCUGGUCGUAUACUGAUGCCAGAGAUCUUGGACAGAUGUGCCAUCGUGGAAUCGAAGUUUCAGGCCUUGGCUAUCAGGUCUUCAAUGCCACGAACGACAGCAUCACCAACAGCCACCGGACUGUGGAAUUUCUCAAAAGAAUGUAUCCGCAGAUUAUGCACACUAGAGAGAUGGAUGAAUUCGAGGCUCCAAUCAGUAAUAAGAAGAUCAGAGAGAUGCUAGGCUUUGAGGAAGAACAUCCCUGGAAGAAGUAUUUCACCAAAUACUAUGCGAUGAGUCGUGAUGAAGUUGUGAGUAAGCAAACCUCAUAA